AAGGACUUAAAAGAAAGCCUGACAGUCCAGAGAUUUUCUGGAGCUUUUUGCCAGUGGUCUACUUUGUCCUCCAAAUUGCCAGCCCCCACCGCGAUCCCCCCAAACACACUACGCGCCCACCCCUAGCGAAUCGCCCCAACGAACCUCCAGCCGCUACCCCUAUCCCCUGGCGCCUCUUUUUUUCAAAAACUUCAGGGAG